AGUGGCAGAGGAAAUCUGAAAGGCUCCCGAUAAUUACAAGAGAAAAUCAAAAUUGUUAGAAAAAGUCAGAAUUGUUCAAAAUGACAGAAUUCUUGGAAAAAAGUCAGAUUUCUAAGAAAAAGUCAGAAUUCUACUGGCACCAUAUCUUUGUCAUGGUGGGAUGGUGCAUUUGUUUUUCAAAUGAAAUGUUUUGUGUAGUGCUGAAGUAUGGCGGUAUUCAAAAGUGUGUGUGUGUGUGUGUGUGUGUGUGUGUGUGUGUGUGUGUGUGUGUGUGUGUGUAUAUGUGUGUGUGUGCGUUGAAAGGAUAACUUCCUGUCCUGCCUUUACUUUUCCCGUUAAAUAUUUUACUUUACCGGCUCAUUAAACUCCAAUAGAAACCUUCCUGAGGGACAAAGAAUAUUCAAAAAGCCAUGGAUGUCACGGUCGCUCUGCGUGUCAGCUGGGUUUUGCACACUAGUUGUGAUUUGCCUAGAUCUGAGCUGUGAUUGGUGCAGCCAGUCUGUGAAUCGAGUAUUUUAAAUAUCAUCUCCUGAAAACCCAGAGACUCAGCGCUGGCUUCCAAUCCGUCAUCAUCCAAGGUCUGUGGAAACCAUGAUGAGAAAAGCCUCCGUCCUGCUGCUGCUGUUUGCUGCCGUGUGCGGGUCUACUCUGAGACCUGGCUUUACAUAUUACAAUGAACCGAAGACAUGGAGCGAAGCACAGACCUUUUGCAGAGAACACCACAGUGAUCUGGCCACCAUCAGAGCCGGAGAAGAGUUGGAGGGUUCGUUUCAUAAUGACGUAUGGAUCGGUUUGUUCAAAAACACUAAAGACUCCGAGUGGAAAUGGUCGGAAACAGACGAGAUCGCCAACUUCACCAACUGGGCAUUCGGUCAACCAAAACUCAAUGAUGAUAAAUGUGUUGUGAUGUUCAAGCAUAAUCACAAAUGGAAUGACAAGCGAUGUGACAGCAAGUUCAGUUUCUUGUGUUCCGAUGAGAGUCUGGUGAAGGAGAGGAAGACGUGGGAUCAGGCUUUGAGGCACUGCAGGCUUCUGGAGGCUGAAAACCCAAAUGAGCCAGUGGACCUCACCUGGAACUACCGCUACGACCUGGCCUCCGUGCGCACUGAGGACGACCGCGCCUACGCACGCCCGAGGGCUGGAGAGGCUUCCACUGACCAGGUGUGGACGGGCCUGCGCUUCCUGGCGGGUCAGUGGUUCUGGACGGGCGAUGGAGAAGCCGUGCAGGAUGUGGACGAGGAGAUGCAAUGUGGCCGGACUCAGAGGUUCUGUGGCGUCCUGGUGAAGAACAGCACCAAGCGCUACGAGACGGAGGACUGCAGCAAGAAGCUGAACUUCCUCUGUUACAGGAAACCUUGAAACAAUCAAUCUGUAGAAAAGCUCUUCUCCCUCUUCUCAGGUUCAGGUUGUAUUUAUGUGAUUACUGUAGGCUAGCUCAACUAGGCGUGGACUGUCCUUUCUAUUGUUUCAUCAACUUUAAUAAUACUUUUAUAUUGAUAUAUUCUUUCUCUGAUAUGAAGGAAUGAUCCUGUACACAGGUCCACAUAUGUUCUUACAUAUUAAGGAAGUGAUGUCCUUUUACUUGUAUUAUUAGUGUGUAACCUGAGUUUCCUGCAUUAUUACAUUGCAGCUGUUCUUCACAGGAGGAGUUCCCCAGAGUCUGGAUAGUUCAUCAAUGCAUGUGUGCUAUUUAGAAGAAAAGCAUUCAGCAUGAAAACACUGGAGUUUCAUUUGGAUGUGGAACAAUCCUUUUCAUAGGUUCAGUUUCAGAUAUAUAUAUAUGUAUGUUCCCCUGCUGU